AUGCCUCGAACCCUGACCAAGAGGUCUGCGGGGGCCGAAAUAAGUACAACUGCCGCGGCUGACUUAGUGCUUGUAGACGUCUUCGAACACUCAAAUGUCAUUCCACCGACCGCUGAUCGGAAAAUAAAAGCUGAUCUACUGGCUUUCGAUGUUCCCACGACGCCUACUGAAAGCUCUGUAAAUAGUCAAAAUUGUACGCCCGUAGGAGCAAUGAGUCGUGACCCCCUGGCGGCAAAGCCGGUUGCUCGAAAGGAGCGGGGAAAGUGUGGUCACAACGCCAACGGAAGUACCAUAAAUGAUGCGGACUCCACGCAGCCACUGUCGAAAACCGAUAUCGGUGCAUCCACUAUGAGACAGGCUGCUGAAAACGAGUCUGCCGACCGACAAACACCCACGAAGAGCGCGAAAAUUAAAAAGUCUACCGGAAUUGAGAAGUCUCGACUCAAAACAGCGGAAUUGGCAAAAGAUCAGAAGAAAGGUAAUCUGUUGACAAAAGAGGCUAAAACGGCAGAUGCGAUGCAAAUUUCUGUGACCAGCGAAUGUGGUGUUUCCUCCACCUGUUUAGAGACUGCGGCAAGGAAGGAAUAUGUAAACGCUGACUCAGCGCCUCGACCGUUGAGUGGGGCCUUUGAGCUGAACGGGUCCACAAAAGUUACUGAGGCAGAAAUCGCGCCUCCUACGCUCAGUAAAAUCCCAGAAGAUACAGGCACCAACCUCAUUGUGAACUACCUUCCUCAGAACAUGACCCAAGAGGAAAUUAGAAGUCUAUUUGCUAGCAUCGGUGAAGUUGAGAGCUGCAAACUCAUUCGAGAUAAGAACACCUGUGAGUGGAAAUAA